AAUACAUCAUGGGAUCGUUAUGGUCUCUUGUUUUUCAAACACAUUUUCUUUUUCUUUUUUCAUUGCUCUUCUCAUUGUCCACUAUCAUAAACGGUCACCAAUGUCAUGGAAGUGAAAGCAAUGCUUUGUUGCAGUUUAAGGAAAGCUUUGUGAUUAGUAAGUUUGCUUCUUAUAAUCAUUUUAGCUAUCCCAAAACUGUUUCUUGGAUGCCAAGCAUAGAUUGCUGCUCUUGGGAUGGCAUCGAAUGCGACGAGUUCACCGGUCAUGUGAUUGGCAUUGAUCUGAGUAGCAGCCAGCUGUAUGGAUCAAUAGAUGCUAAUAGCAGUCUGUUUUCUCUUGUACACCUUCAAAGCCUUGAUCUUUCUGACAAUGACUUCAACCACUCUCAAAUUCCAACCAUCAUAGGUAACUUUUCACAGUUAAGAUACCUCAAUGCUAGCAAAUCAGGAUUUUCAUCAUCUGUGCCUGAUGUAUUCACAAACCUCACAUAUCUGCAAAGUCUUGAUCUUUCCCAUUGUGACCUGUAUGGUGAAUUUCCAGCUGGAAUAUUCCAUCUUCCAAACUUGACAACUUUGGUUUUGGCUGAAAACCGAAACCUUAAUGGUGUGAUUCCUGAUUUUCAAUCAAGGGCACUUGUUAACAAGUUGAUUAUCCCUGCAACAAAUUUUGGAGGUAGAAUACCAACAUCCAUUGGUAAUCUUACUUCUUUAAAUUGGUUGUCCAUUGCAGAAUGCAAUUUCCAAGGAUCUAUUCCUUCUUCCUUUGGCAACCUCAAUCAGCUGGUGCAUCUAGACCUUUUUUCCAGCGGGUUAACCAUUGGCAACUUCCCAUUGUUUUUUGUGAAUUUCACCCAGCUAUCUUUCUUAGACUUAGAAAGAUGCAAUUUAACUGGUGAGAUACCAUCUUGGAUAAUGAACCUAACAUCUUUAAAUCACUUGCGUCUUCACAAAAAUAUGCUUCAUGGUGAAAUUCCGUACUCUCUUUUUAGACUAACUGGCUUACAGUGGUUGGGUCUUCAAGAAAAUUGCCUUCAAGGUGAAAUUCCUCAUUUGCUGUUUUCACUGGAGAAUCUUGAAACACUUUCUCUUAGUUAUAAUUCUUUUGAAGGAGAGCUUGAGAGUGACAUGUUUUUGAAGCUCAAAAAGCUUAUUUAUCUUUCUUUAUCCGACAACAAACUCACUUUGCUUCCGGGAAAAAGUUCUUCCAAUGGGACCCUUCCUCCAUUAGAAGUUGCAGGUUUGGAUUCAUGCAAUUUGGUUGAGUUCCCAUCCUUUUUGCAAGACUUAGAUCAGUUGGUAUCUCUGAGGUUAUCAAACAAUGAUUUCAAGUCAGUAGUACCUAACUGGAUUUGGGAGAAAAAAAGUAUUCAAAGUUUGUCCAUUUUCAAUAGUUCACUGACAGGGGAAAUAUCUCCAUUGAUCUGUAAUAUAAAAUCACUUGUGCUUCUUGAUCUGGCCAAUAACAACUUAAGUGGCACCAUUCCGUCAUGUUUGGGAAGCUCUAGCCAAUCUCUUCAAAUCAUGAUGCUACCAGGAAACAAAUUGUUUGGUCACCUUCCUCAAACAUAUGUCAUGGGAAGUGCCCUUAAGAUGAUUGAUGUCAAUGACAACAAUUUGCAAGGCCAGCUGCCAAGAGAAUUGGCCAAUUGCAGAAUGCUUGAGUUUCUUGACGUGAGCUAUAACAAGAUCAACGACUCAUUUCCGUAUUGGUUGGGAUCACUUCCAGAGCUGAAAGUUAUUGCCUUACGUUUUAAUGAAUUUCAUGGAACUAUAAAUUGUCCAAGUAUAUGCACAUUUCCAAAGCUUCACAUUCUUGAUCUUUCCCACAAUAAGUUUUCUGGAAAUUUGACUCCAGAGAUGAUCAAGAAUUGGAAGUCCAUGACAACUUCCAACAUAAGCCAAUUACAAUAUGAGGAUUCGGCUAUCCAUAUUCCAGGAAAAUUUUGGUUUGUUUAUAUUUUCUAUUCAUUCACAAUGUCUAACAAAGGGGUUGUCACAGAUUAUGAGCAUAUUCAGAAAAUAUUUUACUGCAUGGUAGCCAUUGAUAUUUCAAGUAACAGAAUUUCUGGAGAGAUUGUUUUGGGGGAUCUCAAGAGUCUUGUUUUGCUCAACAUGUCCAAUAACUUGUUUAUUGGUGACAUUCCAUCUUCCUUUCGAAAACUCUCAAACCUUGAAGCACUUGAUCUUUCCCUCAAUAGUUUGUCAGGAAAAAUUCCUCAAGAAUUAGCAGAACUCACCUUUUUGGAGUUUUUCAAUGUGUCCUUUAACAAACUCUCAGGUCCUAUACCAGAAAACAAGCAAUUUUCCACGUUUGAAGGAAACUCCUUCGUGGGAAACCAAGGCCUGUGUGGGAUUCAGUUGAAGAAGAAAUGUGAUGGUAAUUGGUUUUUCCCGACAGGACUUGAUAGUGAUCAUGACUCAGGAUCUAUCAUUGAAUUCGAUUGGAAAAUAAUUCUGAUUGGAUACGGAGGAGGAGUUGUUGCUGGACUGGCACUUGGAAAUUCAUUUUUUAUUGCUCACCAAUGUCACGGAACUGAAAGCAAUGCCUUGUUGCAGUUUAAGGAAAGUUUUGUGAUUACUAAGUCUGCUUCUUACAAUCAGGUCAGCUAUCCCAAAACUGUUUCUUGGAUCUGGAUGCCAAGCAUAGAUUGCUGCUCUUGGGAUGGCAUCGAAUGCGACGAGUUCACCGGUCAUGUGAUUGGCAUUGAUCUGAGUAGCAGCCAGCUGUAUGGAUCAAUAGAUGCUAAUAGCAGUCUGUUUUCUCUUGUACACCUUCAAAGCCUUGAUCUUUCUGACAAUGACUUCAGCCACUCUCAAAUUCCAACCAAGAUAGGUAACUUUUCACAGCUAAGAUACCUCAAUGCUAGCAAAUCAGGAUUUUCAUCAUCUGUGCCUGAUGUACUCACAAACCUCACAUAUCUGCAAAGUCUCGAUCUUUCCUGUUGUGACCUGUAUGGUGAAUUUCCAGUUGAAAUAUUCCAUCUUCCAAACUUGACAAGUUUGGUUUUGGCUUACAACCAAAACCUUAAUGGUGUGAUUCCUGAUUUACAAUCAAGGUCACUCAUUAGCAAGUUGGUUCUCCAUGACACAAACUUUAGUGGUAGAAUACCAACAUCCAUUGGUAAUCUUACUUCUUUAAAUUGGUUGACCAUUGCACAAUGCAAUUUCCAAGGAUCUAUUCCUUCUUCGUUUGGCAACCUCAAUCAACUGGUGCAUCUAAAUCUUAAAUCCAGCGGAUUAACCAUUGGCACCUUUCCAUUAUUUUUUUUGAAUUUCACCCGCCUAUCUUUCUUAUCCUUAGAAGGAUGCAACUUAAUUGGUGAGAUACCAUCUUGGAUAAUGAACCUAACAUCUCUGGAUUACUUGAAUCUUAACAGCAAUGCAUUUCAUGGGAAACUAGAGCUUGGAUUGUUUUUGAAGAUGAGAAGGCUUUCUUUCCUUGAUUUGUCUUACAACAAAUUAUCUUUGCUCAACGAAAAAGGUUCUUCCAAUGGAACCCUUCCUCCAUUAGAAGUUGCAGAUUUGGAUUCAUGCAAUUUGGUUGAGUUCCCAUCCUUUUUGCAAGACUUGGAUCAAUUGACAUCUCUAGCCUUAUCAAUCAAUGAUUUCAAGUCAGUAGUACCUAACUGGAUUUGGGAGAAAAAAACUCUUCAAAGUUUGUCCAUUUCCGGGAGUUCAUUGACAGGGGAAAUAUCUCCAUUGAUCUGCAAUCUAAAAUCCCUUGUGCUUCUUGAUCUGGCCAAUAAUAACUUAAGUGGCAGCAUUCCAUCAUGUUUGGGAAGCUUUGAGUUUCUUGACGUCAGCUAUAACGUGAUCAAUGACUCGUUUCCCUACUGGUUGGGAUCACUUCCUGAGCUGAAAGUUAUCGGCUUACGUUUUAAUGAAUUUCAUGGAACUAUUAAUUGUCCAAGUAUAUGCACAUUUCCAAAGCUUCACAUUCUUGAUCUUUCCCACAAUAAAUUCUCUGGAAAUUUGACUCCAAAGAUGAUCAAGAAUUUGAAGUCCAUGACAACUUCCAACAUAAGUCAAUUAAAAUAUGAGGAUUCGACUGUCAAUAUUGUGGGAAAAUCUUGGCUUACUUAUGUUUCCUAUUCAUUCACAAUGUCUAACAAAGGGGUUGUCACGGAUUAUGAGCGAAUUCAGGAAACAUUUUACUGCAUGGUAGCCAUUGAUAUUUCAAAUAACAGAAUUUCAGGAGAGAUUCCAUCUGUUUUGGGGGAUCUCAAGAGUCUUGUUUUGUUCAACAUGUCCAAUAACUUCUUUACUGGUGAGAUUCCAUCUUCCUUUAGAAAGCUCACAAACCUUGAAGCACUUGAUCUUUCCCUCAAUAGUCUGUCGGGAAAAAUACCCCAAGAAUUAGCAGAACUCACCUUUUUGGAGUUUUUCAAUGUGUCCUUUAACAAACUCUCAGGUCCUAUACCAGAAAACAAUCAAUUUUCCACGUUUGAAGGCAACUGCUUCGCGGGAAACCAAGGCCUGUGUGGGAUUCAGUUGAAGAAGAAAUGUGAUGGUAAUUGGUUUUUCCCGACAAGACUUGAUAGUGAUUAUGACUUAGGAUCUAUCAUUGAAUUCGAUUGGAAAAUAAUUCUGAUCGGAUACGGAGGAGGAGUUGUUGCUGGACUGGCACUUGGAAAUGCUUUCGGUUUAGAUAUUCUUGCAUGGUUAAAAAGUAAGAAAUUACUUUGCUAGAUUGCUUUUCUUACCCCUUUUAAGUCCUGUAGUAGUCUGUUUUUUAGUAAGAAUUUCCUAUAUGCUCUUGUAAUAUGUGUAAGCCAUUAAAAGUGAUAUAGUAAUAAAAGGUUUGAAUAAUAAAAGAGUUUUUAUGUUAACCUCACUGUUUAAAAUUUAAGAGAAGAGUCUUUUAUAGAGCAAUGAUACGAGGAAUAGAUGCAAGUCU